AUGUCUGGGACUAAACUGAUGCUCAGUCCACUAAGAUUCGAGCAAUUGCUACGGACUUCCAAUAAAAGUUUACUGACAAAAUCAUUGAAUUUCCAACUGACAGCUAAACUCCAUCAAAAUAUAUCACCUUCUAUAGCAAAGCUUCAUUCUGAAUUGAAGUUAGAUGAGUUAAGAACUGAUGGUACUCCAGACUAUGUUCGUCUAGUGUUACGGUCAUCUGUAUAUGAUGUUAUCAAUGAGUCUCCUAUGAGUCAAGGUGUCGGUUUAUCAUCUCGUUUAAACACUAACGUUCAAUUAAAAAGAGAAGAUCUUUUACCAGUGUUUUCAUUUAAAUUACGUGGUGCUUAUAAUAUGAUUGCUAAAUUAGAUGAUUCUGAAAAGGCCCAAGGUGUCAUUGCUUGUUCUGCUGGUAAUCAUGCCCAAGGUGUUGCAUUUGCAGCUAAACAUUUAAACAUUCCUGCUACCAUUGUUAUGCCUGUCUCUACACCAUCUAUUAAAUACCAAAAUGUAUCUCGUUUAGGUUCCCAAGUUGUUCUAUAUGGUAAUGAUUUUGAUGAAGCUAAGACUGAAUGUGCUAAACUUGCCAAAGAACGUGGUCUAACUAAUAUCCCACCAUUCGAUCAUCCUUAUGUUAUUGCUGGUCAAGGUACUGUGGCCAUGGAAAUCUUAAGACAAGUUCAAAACGCUAACAAGAUUGGUGCAGUAUUUGUUCCAGUUGGUGGUGGUGGUUUCAUUGCCGGUGUUGGUGCUUAUUUGAAACGUAUUGCUCCACAUAUUAAGAUUAUUGGUGUUGAAACCUUUGAUGCUGCCACUUUACACACCUCUUUACAAUCUAAUAAGAGAACCUCUUUACCUCAAGUCGGUAGUUUUGCUGAUGGUACAUCUGUUCGUUUAAUUGGUGAAGAAACCUUUAGAGUCUGUCAAGAAGUAGUCGAUGAAGUCGUCCUUGUUAAUACUGAUGAAAUCUGUGCUGCAAUUAAGGAUAUCUUUGAAGACACUAGAAGUAUUGUUGAACCAUCGGGUGCUCUUUCCGUUGCUGGUAUGAAGAAAUAUAUUAACACUCUACAUCCAGAGAUUGAUCACUCAAAGCAUACUUAUGUUCCUAUCUUAUCUGGUGCUAACAUGAACUUUGAUAGAUUAAGAUUUGUCUCUGAGAGAGCUGUUCUUGGUGAAGGUAAAGAAGUCUUCUUAUUAGUUACUAUACCAGAUAUUCCAGGUUCUUUCAAGAAAUUACAAAAAGUUAUUCAUCCAAGAUCUGUUACCGAAUUUUCUUACCGUUACAACGAACAUCGUCAUGAAUCUACUAGUGAUGUUCCAAAGGCAUGUAUCUAUACUUCCUUUAGCGUUGUUGACCGUGAAAAGGAAAUUAAACAAGUUAUGCAACAAUUGCAUGCUCUAGGAUUCGAAGCUGUUGAUAUCUCCGAUAAUGAAAUGGCUAAAUCACAUGGUAGAUACCUUGUUGGUGGUGCUUCUAAAGUUCCAAACGAAAAAGUUAUUUCAUUCGAAUUCCCAGAAAGACCAGGUGCUUUAACUAAAUUUUUAUCUGGUUUAAGUGAAUCUUGGAAUUUAACUUUAUUCCAUUACAGAAACCAUGGUGCUGAUAUCGGUAAGGUAUUAGCUGGUAUCUCCGUUCCACCAAGAGAAAACCUUACUUUCCAAAAAUUCUUGGAAGAUUUAGGUUACACAUAUUGUGAUGAAACUGAUAAUAUGGUUUAUCAAAAGUUUUUGAAAUAUUAA